GACGACCGGGGCGGCAACAACUCGUCGCGCAUAACGUCUGGCUCGGCCGACGGUUCUGCCGCCGGUCCGUUCGGCCACGACAACGCGUACCAGUCGCCGGCGCCACCGCCUCCGUCGUCGUUGCCGCUCAGGAACUACGGAAGUUCGCACGAUCCCGUCACGUCGACACCGUACCCGCCAACAGGUUCGCUGUCAAGCAUCGGCAUGGGCGUCGGGUCCAACCCGCUGGAGUGGACCGGUCAGGUGACGGUGCGCAAGAAGAGAAAACCGUACUCGAAGUUCCAAACGUUGGAGCUGGAGAAGGAGUUUCUGUUCAACGCGUACGUGUCCAAGCAGAAGCGCUGGGAGCUGGCCCGGAACCUGGCGCUGUCCGAACGCCAGGUGAAAAUAUGGUUCCAGAACAGGCGCAUGAAGAACAAGAAGAACAGCCAGCGACAGGCCGUGCAACAGCAACAGCAGCAGCAACAACAGCAACAGCAGCAGUCCAACAACAACAACAGCAACGGCAGCGCCAACGCCAAUCACCAGCACCACAUGCAGGUGAUCGGCGGCCACCACGGCAACGGGCCCAUCAAACACCAUCAGUGACCGUCGCAUUACUCUGGAGCCGCCACCGCCGCCCACCCACCGAUGAACAUGCACCACAUCCAUCAUCAACUACAGCCGCUGCCCCCGCCGCCGCACCACCAUC